GAGCUGCGACCCCUGUGACUGCAGGCAUUUCUGAAAUGAAGAAACUUCUGCUCAUUGAUGUUGAUUGUGGCGUUGAUGAUGCUCAAGCGUUAAUGAUGGCUCUAGCAUCUCCCAGUGUUGAAGUCCUGGGGAUUACUUGCUGUUAUGGAAACAGUCUGUUGGAAAAUACAUGUAGAAAUGUACUCCGCGUGUUACACGUUUGUAACAAACUUGAGAUUCCUGUUUAUCGUGGUGCAUCUGCUCCAAUACUUGGUGGAGAUCUGCUGGAGGAAUUCUUUCAUGGAAAAGAUGGAUUGGGUGAUGUUCCUGAUCCCAGUGCUCCAGGAUUAGACCUUCUGCAGGAAGAGCAUGCCGUGGCUGCAAUAUUAAGAACAGCCAAUGAACGACCGGGUCAGGUUUCUCUAGUUGCUACUGGUCCCUUGACAAAUUUAGCCCUGGCAGUGAAAAUGGACCCAACACUUCCUAAGAAGCUUAAAAAUGUAUUCAUCAUGGGAGGAAAUACUGAAGGCAGAGGAAAUAUUACAGUCUGUGGAGAAUUCAAUUUUGCAAGUGAUCCAGAAGCUGCCUACAUUGUCUUAAAUGAGUACACCUGCCCAGUUUAUAUUGCAGCGUGGGAGUUCGCAUGUUCUUUUCCACUCUCCUGGGAUUUCUACGAUGAAUAUGUUAAUCAGAAUACCGAGAAAGCCGAGUUCAUGAAGAAAAUAUAUGCUCAUUCUUUAGAAAUCUCAAAGACGGAACACCCAGGCUUUGUUUCUUGUGAUUCCUAUGCUAUGGCUGCUGCCAUUGACGAGAAAUUUGUCACAGAAGUCACAGUAAUUGGUGUAAGUGUUGAGCUGAGUGGUUCACUAACUAGAGGAAUGAUGGUAAUGGAUUGGAAUGACAAACUGAAAAAGGAAAACAAAGCCUUUGUAAUCAAAAGUUGCGAUUUAGGCAAGUUCCAGGUCCUUAUGAUGGCUGCUUUAAAAUAAAAAUGGGCUUAGUGAAGUUCCAUACCCCACUAUUCAUGUGCUUAGAUGGGCAGUCUGAUCUUUACCUAUUGCUACACAACCAGACAUUUGUGUUGAGACAGCUAAAACAGCAUCCUCUGCAAUGCAGGUGGGGUAGAGUCAACCAUGAUGAAGAUGGAAACAAUACUAUAGCCUUUUGCUAGCACACAAGGGCCAGAUCUACACUAAGCAGAAUAUGACACUUUGAAAAUGGUUUGAAAAUUAUCUGUGUGUGUCCUGGGCCUCAACAGUUGUCACUACUGUUAUAAACCAUUUUAAAGCAGUAGUGUAGAUCCUGCCAAGGUGUACUAGAUGUAACGGGGCCGGGGGAGAGAAAUGCAUUUCGUGGGUGUGUGUGUGUGUGUGUGUGUUUAGGAUUUGGCAUAAAAGGCCCUGUCAUCAAAUAGCUUCUAGACUUCUGUAACAUUUCUCUUCUGCAAUGCCAGAGAAAGGAAGCAUUGCUAUGUCAUUAGGCAUUUCCACAGCCACCAUACAAUUAAUAUUAAUUAUCUCUUAAAUAAGAUCUGUAACAACGUGCCUGUGAAAGAUCCACUCUAAAACUUACAGCAGAGAAAGAGAACACCUAGUACAUGGUAAAGCAUCUUGAUUGUUACUUAAGAGCCUUUAAAGCACAUGUUAUUUUAUACAAUGAAAUAGUUGUUUAACUAUUCAAAUUAAUUCACCUACACAGAGUAGGCAGGAUUUUAUUGAGAUCUAGUAUACAUGUAUUGAGCAUAAUCUAGAAAAAAAAAAAGCGUAGGUCUGAUUUUUCUGUAGUGCAUUAAAAUUGCUAUUAAAGCUAAUAUUAAUGUUAACAUAUGACAAGGACAUACCAAUUAAUUAAUUAUGUCGGUGAAAUAAAAGAAAGGCAAUGCUGUAAUAAUUUUUUUUAAAUUGAAUUAUUUUGUUACUUAUUGACAAAAUAAAGCAAACACAUCUACAAACAUAGCUCAUAUAUUCAAUUUAUUUAA